AUGGUGACGAAUCGGCGGUUCGAGCCGAUAUCAAGCCGCAGCCGCGACAGCUGGUCGGACCAAACCGUGGCGGCUGACCUAGACGACACUCUCCUCUGGUCCAAUAGCUCAUUCCCCUACUUCAUGCUCGUGGCGCUGGAAGCCGGCAGCUUGUUCCGCGCCUUAACCCUCCUCGCCUCAGCCCCUUUCAUCUACUUCGUGUACGUGUUCGUGUCCGAGUCCCUAGCCACCGAAACGCUCGUGUUCAUCGCCUUCACAGGGCUCAAGGUCCGCGACAUCGAGCUCGUGGCCCGGUCCGUGCUCCCCAAGUUCUACGCGGAGGACGUCCGGCCCGACGCGUGGGAGGUGUUCGAUUCGUUCAGGAGGAGGUGCAUCGUGAUGGCGAAUCCGAGGAUCAUAGUGGAGCACUUCGUGAGGAAUUAUUUAGGAGCGAAGAAGGUGCUCAGGACGGAGUUGGAGGUCACGGGAUCGGCCCAGACCACGGGGUUUGUGAGGAGGACCGACGUGCUUGUGAGUGGCCACAAACGGGCCAUGGUCGUUAGGGAUGAAAGAAAGUUGCGGAAGCCAUGA